UUGGGUUAUGUUUCACAAGAGGGUGACAAAAAUAAUUUUGGAGAAACUUCUGGCAAAGUGGAUGGAAGAGCAGGUGGGUCCUAUCUGAUUGGAAAAGAAACGAAGGAAAAGCAGGAACUUUUAAGCACACUGCGGGAAAAUGGCCUGCCGAUCCUGACGAUAAAGGUGAGGACUUUUGACCACAUGAUCGUGGAUUGCUUCAUCAAGAUGAUCAAGAAGAAGCACCAAAAGGACAUCAGCAAGGACAAGAAGGCUCUGGGUAAGCUCCGAAGGGAAUGUGAGAGAGCCAAGAGAGCUCUUAGCACCCAGCACCAAAGCCCGUUUCGAGGAGUUGAACAACGACUUGUUCAGAAGACAAUGGGAUCUGUGAAGAAGGCCAUGGAUGAUGCUGGUCUACAGAAGAACCAGAUCCAUGAGAUUGUAAUCGUCGGUGGAAGCACUAGGAUCCCAAAGGGGCAUUUUGAGAUACUAAGCUUAGGAGGAUCUUACCUGGUGAAUGAAGAAGUUUUGAAUAUGGAAGUGCAAAAGCCAAAGCAAUCAAGCAAGAAAACGGCUCAAAGGCAAAUCUGUGAAGCU